UGAACAUAAAUUCCAAAGGGUGGGGGGAAAUUCCAAAUGAAGGUUUAAAUUGAGUGUUCAUCAGUGAAGUUCAUCAAAGCUCUUCAGAACUUUUUCUGUGUGGAUUACCACUCUCGUAACAACACUUUAUGAGAUACUGGAGCACUUCCAAAGAUCAAAAAGAUCCAAAGAUGGCUUGCCUUAAAAUCUACACUUUGAGUUUCCUCCUACUCUUAGCUUUUGCUUUGGAGACAGAUGCAGUGAGUUGCUGUCUUAGUUACACGAGACACCCUCGACGCUGUGGAAUUCUGAAAGGCUACAUUAUCCAAACCAUGACUGGCAGCUGUGAUCUUGCAGCAAUAAUCUUCCAAACUGAGAAAGGAAAAUCAAUCUGCGCUGACCCAGCAAAGGAUUGGACCCAGAAGAGAGUUGCGUGCCUGAAGAUGAAGGCAGCAAGAAUGAAGACUGGCGGUUUUUAAUGUUUUAAGAACAGCAAAAAGUAGAGGCUCGUCUGAAGUUUUCCUCUUUAAUAAAGAGAACAUAUAUUCUUUAUAUUGGCAUCACUUAAAUGCACUUUCUUGUACAGAGUAUUUAUGGAGGGAAAAUACAAGGUAACUUUACUACACUGUGGACUUUAGGCCUCUUUCUUUUUUUAAACUAUGCAAAAUAUUUUAUAGCUCUUUGUAUUCAGUUAACUCACU